UCUCUCCCACCGCCAGAAAAACCACUCACCACCCACAACACAUGGCUCACCAAGAUCCCACCACCAACACCACCACCACCACCCACAUGGUCGCCGCAUCGCGCUGGCCGCCUCGCCGGAGAGCCAUCCCCCUCCGGCGGCGGAAGCUCCCGACCGUCCGGCUCGGUGGGAAGAGGCCGGGGCGGGGGCUCUUCUUGCUGAAGAUGUGGAGGAAGAUGAGGCUGAGGUGUCUCAAGCUGCAAUACUCGUGCAUGCUGAAGAAGCUCAAGGAGUAUUACAGGUCUCUGAUCGCCGACAUCAUCGAAGCCGGCGUCUCAUUGGAGACGUUCCAGCAGAGGCUGUUGAUGGAGACGACCUGCGCCGUUCCGGUCAUGGCGUUCAAUAGCUUCCCUACGGUGGCCAGACACAGAGCCAUUAUCAUGUAAACUUUCCCAUUUUGAACCUCCUUUGUUCUGGGGUUGUAUGAAUCAAUCUUGCGCAUGCUCUCGGGAAUAGCUCUCUAUGGAAAAUUUUUCUUUGGUUUUUGUUUUUCGAUGAGCAGCAAGGAGGAAAUAAUGUAAUAUAUUUCUUUUAAACCUAUAAGAAAAAUGAGUGUUUCCUUA